GGUGGGUGCGAGCACGGGGGAGGCGUGCGCGCCGCCGCCAUGCGGGAGCGGAGGCCGGCACCGGCCGCCCCGGCCCGGUGCAAGCUGGUGCUGGUGGGUGACGUGCAGUGCGGCAAGACGGCCAUGCUGCAGGUGCUGGCCAAGGAUUGCUACCCUGAGACGUACGUGCCCACCGUGUUUGAGAACUACACGGCGUGUCUGGCCAGCGAGGAGCAGCGGGUGGAACUGAGCCUCUGGGACACCUCCGGCUCCCCCUACUAUGACAACGUGCGGCCCCUGUGCUACAGCGACUCGGACGCCGUCCUGCUCUGCUUCGAUGUCAGCCGGCCCGAGACCCUCGACAGCGCCACCAAGAAGUGGAAGACAGAAAUCCUGGAUUAUUGCCCCAACACCCGCGUGCUGCUCAUCGGCUGCAAGACGGACCUGAGGACAGACCUGAGCACGCUGCUGGAGCUCUCGCACCAGAAACAGGCGCCCAUCUCCUACGAGCAGGGCUGCGCGGCCGCCCGGCAGUUGGGAGCCGAGGGUUACCUGGAGUGCUCGGCCUUCACCUCGGAGAAGAGCGUGCACAGCAUCUUCCGCGCCGCGUCCGGGCUGUGCCUGAGCAGCGCCGCCCCGCAGCCUCCCCGCAGCCCCGGGCGCGGCCUCUCCAAGCGCCUCCUGCACCUCCCCAGCCGCUCCGAGCUCAUCUCCUCCACCUUCAAGAAGGAAAAAGCGAAAAGCUGCUCCGUCAUGUGAAGGGGGGAAGGGAUUCCCACACACACACACACACACACACAAACACACACAGAGCCCCCUUUCCCGCUCCCACCCCAAAUUUGGGAAGCCCCCCAUGCCCCCCCCAAGUGCACGGAAUGGGGUCUGGGGGGGGCUGGGGAGGGGUUGGGGUGCUGCCCUUGCCCUGAGAGGGGAGGGAUUCACCCGGUUCCCAACCCUGAGGGGGUCCCUGGGGGGUUUGGGGUGCUCAGACCCUCAGAAACAUCAGCUGGGAUGAUCCUGGUGGGGUUUGGGAUGCACAGGAUCCUGGGGACACCAACCCAGAGGGGUUUGGGGUGCUCAGACCCUCAGAAACAUCAGCUGGGAUGGUCCUGGUGGGGUUUGGGGUGCACAGGAUCCUGGGGACACCAACCCAGGGGGGUCCCUGUGGGGUUUGGGGUGCUCAGAACCUCAAGGACAUCAACCCUGAGGGGUUUGGGGUGCACAGGACCCUGAGGAAACCAACCCAGAGGGGUCCCUGGGGAGUUUGGGGCACACAGGACCCUGGGGACAUCAGUCCUGGUGGUUUUGGGGCGCUCAGACCUUCAAGGGCAUCACCCCAGUGGGGUUUGGGGUGCACAGACCUUCAGGGACAUCACCUGGGAUGGUCCUUGUGGGGUUUGGGGUGCACAGGACCCUAUGGACACCCACCCAGAGGGGUCUCUGGGGGAUUUGGGAUGUUCAGGACCCUGGGGACACCAAUCCAGGAGGGUUCCUGGGGCUGGGUGGGGUUUGGGAGGUCCCCCCCCAGCUCUAAAGGAGAGUUUGGGGUGCUGCCCUUGCCCUGGGAGGGGAGUUUGGGGAGGGCUUCACCCGGUUCCCAACCCUGAGGGGGUCCCUGGGGUGUUUGGGGUGCUCAGACCCUCAGGGACAUCAAUCCUGGGGGGUUUGGGGUGCUCAGGAUCCUGAGGAAACCAACCCAGAAGGGUCCCUGUGGGGUUUGGGGUGCUCAGAACCUCAGGAACAUCACCUGGGAUGGUUCUUGUGGGGUUUGGAGUGUGCAGGAUCCUGGGGACACCAACCCAGAAGGGUCCCUGUAGGGUUUGGGGUGCUCAGACCUUCAAGGACAGCAAUCCAGAGAGGUCCCUGUGGGAUUUGGGGUGCACAGACCCUCAGGGACAGCAAUCCAGGGGGGGUCCCUGUGGGGCUGGGUAGGGUUUGGGAGGUCCCCCCCCAGCUCUAAAGGAGGGUUUGGGGUGCUGCCCUUGCCUGGCAUUGUUGUCCUGGAGAGGGCAUCACCCAGUUCCCAACCCUGAGGGGGUUCCUGGGGAGUUUGGGGUGCUCAGACCCUCGGGGACAUCAACCUUGGGGGGUUUGGGGUGCUCAGGAUCCUGAGGAAACCAAACCCAGAGGGUUUUGGGAUGCUCAGACCUUCAAGGACAUCAACCCAAUUGGGUUUGGGGUGCACAGGAUCCUGAGUAAACCAAUCCAGAGAGGUCCCUGUGGGAUUUGGGGUGCUCAGGAGCCUGGGGACAUCAACCCUGGGGGUUUUGGGGUGCAUAGGACCCUGGGGACAUCACCUGGGAUGGUCUUUGUGGUGUUUGGGGUGCACAGCACCCUGAGGACACCAAUCCUGGAGGGUUUGGGGUGCUCAGACCCUCCGGGACAUCACCUGGGAUGGUCCCUGUGGGUUUUGGGGGACACAGGGACACCGUCCCGGGGAUCCCUGGGGGGUUUGGGGUGCACAUCAUGGGACUCAUCCAUGGCCUCAUCCUGUUCUCUCCCCCUUCCCCCCAUCCCUCAUCUGCUGCUUGGCCCUGGGGGACCCUGUGGGUUGGGGAGGGGGGAGGAGGGGCUGUUUUAUGGACUAUAUUUUGGGGAGGGGGGAUUUGGGGGGGUGUCUCUGUUCCAUGUCAGUGUUAUUAAAAAAAGCUUAUUUAUUAUCAGAAAUAUAACACCUACCUAUGUGCAGCCCU